GUUCGGGAAAGAACAACCUUAUAAAAUGAAAUCGUCAAUUUUUUUCAUUUUUCUACCACUUUCCUGUUUUUGCGACUCCGUUUUCGAUCGAAUCGGCAAUGGAUACUAUUUUAUAGAAAGUGAGCACAUUGAUGAGCAUUAUUUUGACUGGUUCUUCGCCAGGCAGGACUGCUGGAGGCAUACGAGUAACCUCGUAUCAGUGGAGACUGUCGAGGAGCUGAAGGAUCUGGAAAAGUAUGUGUUGUCGAAAGGAUACUCUGAGGGAACCACUUUCGCAACGUCGGGUCACAGCUUUAGAACUGCCCCCGAUUUCUGGUGGGAUGGAUCGGAUGAGGCGGUGACCUUUGACCUCUGGGUGCCAGGCACGCAGAAACCUACUAGAAAAUCAUAUCUCAGUCUCCAGCUGAUCAACUCCACGUUGUACAUGCAGGAAUCUCUUGGCCAAGCCGACUACUAUAUCUGUGAGUACAAAUUCUCAGCGACGAGAGUUUGGAUGUCCCUGAAUGAAAACACCAGGACAAUUGUGUUAAUGGCCCUGAUGCUGUUAUGGGUUUUUAUUUUAUGCUAUCUCAUUGGAACAACAAAACCAAGGAGAGAGAAACUGGAUGAUCAGGAAAAGCUCAUCACAGAAAGCAGAGAUUCGCAAGACCUAAAAGAAGUUAUAUUUCAAAAAAAUAAUUCAUUUAAAAUAUAA